GGUCUCCUGUGAGUCUGCGCAGGAAGUGGAAACCAGCGCGGAGUGGACCCGGCGUGAGGACAGCAGGGCGGCGGCGUGUACUGCCGUGGGUUUUGCCCGCUCCGCUGGCUCGCGGCCGGUCUCCGCCGCCGCCAUGCCUAUGAAGGGCCGCUUCCCGAUCCGCCGCACCCUGCAGUACCUGGGCCAGGGGGACGUGGUGUUCAAGGACGUGGUGAAGGUCAUGACGGUGAACUAUAACACGCACGGGAAGCUGGGUGAGGGCGCCAGGAAAUUUGUGUUUUUCAACAUACCUCAGAUCCAGUACAAAAACCCUUGGGUGCAGAUCAUGAUGUUUAAGAACAUGACACCAUCACCCUUCCUGCGGUUCUACCUAGGAAAAAUGUCUAAAGUAAGGCAAGAAAUAUGGAAGGCAGAUUCUGGGGAGCAGGUUCUUGUGGAUGUGGAGACCAAGAGCAAUAAGGAGAUUAUGGAGCACAUCAAAAAAAUCUUGGGGAAGAAUGAGAAAACUCUCAAGGAGGAGGAGGAAGAGAAAAAAGAGCUUUCUCACCCAGCCCACUUUGGGCCCCGGAAGUACUGCCUGCGGGAGUGCAUCUGUGAGGUGGAAGGGCAGGUACCCUGCCCGCGCCUGGUGCCAUUGCCCAAGGAGAUGACGGGGAAGUACAAGACAGCGCUGAAAGCUGGUGCUCAGGACUAGGCUCCCGGCCAUGUGCAGGGAAGCCUCUGGGUGUCCUUGGAGACUCAGAAAUCUUUUUGCAGAAAAUGGGUCCCCUGCACACACCCAUGUAAAGGAUGGGGCAGGGUGGCAGGGGGCGGGAUGGAAUCUCUGCAGUUGAGUUGUUCAACCUCUUGGUUCCAUUGGGCCAAUAAAGUGCUGUUUAUUUUCCA